GGUAAUUCUUGACACGCUGAGGGAAUGUUGCUCAAAGUAACGCGCGGGUACGGGACUCUCGCACCGGGUCUGGGGCUGACUAAUGGCACCGCGUUAAUAAUUGCACCAGUAACUUAAUUCCUUCCCUGAAGAAAAAUGGCUGAAUCUGAGGGGGAAAGCCUGGACCUCAGCUUCCUGGACAGCGAGGAAGUUGACAAGAUCCUGCGAGUGCUGGAGAGGGACGAGCAAGUCCGUAAAACCGAGAAGCAACGAGUCCGCAAGCUCCAGAGCAAGAAAAAAGACGGGAAAUGGUUACACGCUGCGUCCGGGGAAUGGUUUGAAGAAAUCCAGAAAGAGAAAUAUAAGGACGAGCGGGAUGUGAGGAGUCUGGUGAAGGAUCCCCUUGCCUGUCGCCUGCAGGAGACAAGUCGUCUAAUGGACUUGGACGAUUCAAAAAUGUCAAGACUGGAAAACCUGCCGUCCUCCAAAAAUGUUAACUCUGGGCCUUCAUUUCUUGGCAUCCGAUCUCCAUUCUCCUUCUUUGGGAAAUUUGCAAAGCAAAAUACAAAGCUUCAGGAGAGAAAUGACCUAUUUCCUCAGGCCAAGUCAACGGGCAAUGAAGAAAAGAAAAAGGCUGAAUUCUUCCAUUCUACCAAGAGUGUGAGACAGACCAUUAAAUUCUUUGAAUCCUUUGGAAAGAAAACCAGGGAACACAGAGUGCCGCCAACCAAUGCUGAAAUUGAGAAAGAGGCAUUUGAAGUUUUAGGAGAGUUGGAUAAGAAGCUAGCACAAGAGAAAGACCAACAAACUAAGAACAACACAAGUGCAACAAGCCACAGGCCAGACAAUCCUCAUAAGAAUGCUGGUUCUCUUCACAACAUUCCACAGCCCAGGACUGAAUAUAGUACUUUGUAUUUCCAAGAAAAGCCUCGAACUGUAUCAGUUGGUGAAGGACUUAGAACAUGUGCCACUUACCAGCCUAAGAGGUUUGAUGAUAUUUCUCUCAACAGAAACCAUGCACCUCCAACGCAUUGGCUUUCACAAAACAAUAAAUUAGAGAAGAGUCCUUCCCUAUUUUCAGCUUGUUCAAGUAAAACUCCCAGUUCUGCUCCCAGUGCUGGUACAUUUUCUGCAAAAAGCCUGCCACCUCCAUUGAUUGAGAAGAAGACACCUGAGAUACAAAAGAAUAGGCUUUAUAAAUCUAGGAGGCCACUGAUCUCCUCUGUCAACUGGGAUAUGGUUCAAACACUUGAUCACAGUGAGAAGCAGCACAGUGUCUUUAGGACACAGUCUGACAUGGACCUUAGUAAACUUUCUCAGGCCUCUAACCCAAACCGAAUUAAUAAACUUUAUGGAAACAGAAACUAUCACUUAGAACCUGAAUUUAAUAAUGCCAAUGCAGCAAACAUAAAACCACAAGUUUUCCACAAUAACAAUAUUUCAUCGGGGGUGCAAAACACAGAUAAUAGACUUUUCAGGGCUCAGUCUGACUUGGAUCUUACCAGCCACGGUAACUCUUCUACACAAAACCGCAUGUAUGAACUUUACAAAUUCAGAAAUGAUCUUAGAGGGCCCAGGUUCAAUCACAAUGACUUUAAUGAGGUAAAUUCUGUAAAAACUCACAUUCUUAAAAAUAAUUCCCAAAUGAGCCCCACCGGUGUGCGCAAAACAAACUCCAGUGUCCCAAUUUCAGUAAAAAAUAUCCAGGAAGACGGCAAAAGUGUUUGGGAGGAGGAAAACAAAGCAAAUGCUUGUAAAUCAAAUGGAAUUGAGCCUAAAUAUUUUCCUGUUCCUUCUAGCAAGAAACAUCACAGGGUUGUGAAACCCGUGGAAACUGAAUGUGAGGAUAAAGGUGCAGAGCAUUCAACAACAACAAACAAUGUGCAGAGCAGUUUGGCUCAUAACAUAGAGGCUGCACUGAACACCAAUGGCUGCAAGAAACACAAUAUCUCAUGUGGCAUGCAAACUACCACAGCAAACAUAAUAAAAGAAGAUACUACAGUGGAUAGUGAGAAGAAUAAAGCAAGACAAGAGUUACCACUGAAUGUAAGAGACUCACGUGUCUCCCAUCUUGCCCAAAACAUACAAGAACAACUAAGUGAUAAGUGUGACAUCAUGAGAGUGGAUAUACAGCAUGAUUUCAUACAACUCAAACACCUUCCUUUGCCUGAGGUGUCCGGUGUUGUUCCCCAGUCACGCAAGCAAGACAAUACCCUUCAUUCUAAUGCAAUGGUUACAAAGAAAGAGGCAAACCCUUUCAUAAAUCAGAACAUAGAUACACAUUCCACAGAGCCUGUUGGCAAAAACAAUGCAAUAGAGGUUCUUCGUAAUUGUGCUGCCCAAGUUUACAGACAGGAAGACCAAAUGAAUGGGGAAAAUGUCAAUGGAUGCCUUUCUAAUGCCCUAAGAGCACAGAGCCGGAGCUCGUCUUCUCUUCCCGAUUUGAGUGAUUGGAGAUCACUUAAUGUACAAACCCAUCUGAAGUCCAGUGACUUUAACCUUGGCGAUACCCAUUUCAGUGUUGAUCCGGACACAGUUUCAAUAAACAAAUAUCAAAAACUCAAAGAACAUUUAUCGAACACCAACAUUUCUAGAAAGAACAUUCAAGCUGAAUCACAUACAUGUAGCAAACAAGAAAAAUGGCCGCCUGCAACGUCACAAAGGUUAGCACAACCUGUUGUACGUUCUUGCAAUGGCACGACCAAAAGCACAACAGAACAAAUCGUUGGAAUGAGAACUGUGCCGCACACAAGAGAUCAAUUACAAGAAGAAAUGCAUAGACCCAUUCAUCAAAUCCGUUUCAGUAAUACACUAGAGAAAGGUCAGGCUCAUUUAGAAUCUUCUGUCGAGGGAAUAAUUAUAGAUAUCAGACAGAAGAAAGCCGAUAAUAAUAAUAACAGCCAAUCGAGACUGAUGGAAUCCUCACAUGAAUUUAUUAAGCAGGAUAGAAGAGCAAAUCACAUUACAGGCAGCAGGCAGUUUCACAUGCAGCCUGGGAAAGGUGUUUCGGAGCAAACACAACCACAGCUUCACAGUGCUCUAGUUUCAAACGAUUACCAGAUAUUUAAUAGCCAGGAUAACAAUGACAUGAAGAAAGAAAGCCUUCACAUCAAUGGCAUUGAGCAGAGCCAAAGAGUAACUCCUUCAGCAACUGGUGUGAGUUUUCAGACUAUAACAAAUGGACAAAGAUUUGAUACGGAAAAUCCUGCAAAACAGGAAAUGAACACAAAAAGUAACGUCAACCAGAACCUAAUAAACGAUGUCCGUAAUAAAAAUGCAAUGACUGAGGAUGUACGCCUAGCGAAGCUAUCCGAAUCCUCAGCCGUGUCUCCUUUUUCCAGCCAGAGUGACGAUUUAGCAGAUGAUGUUUGUAACAUGUCAAUAAGUCCACCUUUUGUCCAGAACAUUAACUUGGUAAAACAUUGUUUGAUUCCAUCUCCAGAAACGGUGGAAUUUAACUCUACUUUCAGAGAAAAUAUAUCUCCGUCCGUUCCCUCUGAGAGUUCUGUGACCACUUGUGGCACAAACUAUACACCUUUAAAUGCUUGUACUGCGUUCUCCUUUUCGACAGUAGUAGAGAACACUAGGAUUUACAGGAACAGGGAUUAUGUUCUGUCAGAUAUUGAAAAAACAGAGUACCGGGAACUGGUUUCAGUUUACAACAGCCUUCCCCAUCGAGGUAAGCUAGGUUUCUUUCCUAAAGCUAUAACAAACAAGGUUCAGGCAUUGCAAUUCGAUAAAGCUUCCUCUGAUCAGUUGGAAAAUAUUACAACUGGUUAUGAUGAAUUUGAUGGGAAAAGUUAUUGUAAACAACAUAACACACAGGAACCGUUGCCCCUCUACAACAAAGAACACAUACCACACAAACAAGGACUCUUGUCAUUUUCAGAUGAAGAAUCUCUGAGUUAUGAUGUUGGGGACAAACGAACUGAUUUGUCCUUGUCUCAGGGACAUUUACACCAAACAAGAGAGGAAAAUUCUAUCGACAGUACUCGUUUUCAACAAUAUAACACCAAUGAUUACUUCCAUUCCGAGUCUCCAAGUAAGGAAAAGUGGGACUUCUAUUAUACAUUGCCAAGCCGGAGAAGUCAUCAAAGGGAUUCUAGGAAGCUUCUUCAGGAACACCACCUGCAUCGUGAAAGUGAUAUUUAUUCAUCUACAGAAAAGGCUGAAGCUCCAAAAAAAGCAUCUCCGAAUCAUUCUUUUGAACCCAACUUCUGGAAGGAUAACCUUGGUUAUUCAGAUAUGUUUCUUGGCAGUUAUGAGAAAGAUAAUAUCAAUAAUCUUAUAAACAGUGAUAAUCUGAUUUGUAACCAGAACGUUUCUCAUUAUGAAGGCUUGCCUCAAGAGGAAAAGCUUUCUCCUCUCUACCACUCCAAAAAUAUGAAAGGUUUAAAUUCACAUAAACUCCAGUACACGAAGAUAUCCAGCUCCCCGAGCAUUGAACCCCUCAUGCAAAACCAGGCGAAUUUCAGCAAAGUGAGCGAAACGUUACAUCGAAACAAACCUCCAUACUGUCCUGAAUAUCUCCAAAAUGAAAUGAAGGCUCUUACCGAUACUAGGAGGUUUAUUUAUUCCUCUGACGACACCGAGCAACGGGAAAAUGAAUUUAGUAGUCUGCCGUACAUGGAACAUUUUGGAAGUAGCACUAGGAUGAGCGAUGGGACAAACUCGCCGUAUGUGUUAUGUUCCAUGAAUGACAAGUAUCAGAGUCCAUUGGACCCACAACUGCACAGAUGGGGUGAACAAACAACCAACCAGCACUCAAACUUGCACCGAUCAAAAAGUUUAAAAGGGUUGAAUGUAGAAGAGGAACAUGAACUGAUGAAUAGGAAAAGAAAGACUGAAGGUAAGUAUUCAUCAAAGAGCACUGGUGGAAUGCUCAAUAACGUACGGCCCUCUGUAUUCAAAGACGUCAAUGAAAGCAAGUACGACAGACAAUUUUCACAUGAUAUACUAAGGGACGAAAACGACAACUGUCCAACUACUAGGACAGGCUAUACCCACAAACCUGUAUAUACCUCGAAGUGUCUUGACUACGGUAUAUUCGGGGAGGAGCAGCAAAAGGCUUUUUUGAACAAUGUGAAGAGGGCGCUCACAGAGGGCAGGCUCUGGAGACCUUGUUUUCUGAAAAAUCCCGGCUUUCUGAGAAGUGAAGCGCACCAGUACCGCAGCUCUCAAGGAUCGCGAUAUCAUUCUGACGGAGAUGCACCCCAUCUACUGUGUCCCCAAGGUUUCCUCAACAUAUAUGAAGAUGAGGUUAUUAAUCGAUCCGACCCUGAAACAGAUACGACUACAGACGAUGAGUAUUACCUGGAUGACUUUGAUAGAGAGACAGAACUCUAGGAGACCUAAGUGGAUGCCCAAAGUCAUUGUCCAAAUGCUUCUAACAUUAUCUCCAGAGAUUGCAUCCAAAGGAUGCCUUAACGUGUGUUUGUCUAUAUGUAUAUAUGCUUGUUUAUUCUAUAUGUGCAAUACUGAAACUGAAUAUGACUUCCAGGUUUUUUUUGGAAAGUGGAUAUUAUUGAGGUACAGCCGCUAAUCUAGGGACCAAAUGCAGUUUAUACAGAGGAAAGGUAUAACCUCCCUUAUAAUAUAGCCACAGAUGGUGGAGUUAAAAGUCCAUGUAGCAUGGAUGCAUACUAUAGCCAAAGCACUUCUUAAAGGGUUCUUAUUUCACGUGACCAUAUGGUAUUAGAUGUGAAGUUUCCAUUAAUCUAUAUUAUUUGCCCAUAUAUAGCCAUUUUAUCAUUUCUCUUUGAGUCAUGACAUCUGUUGAUGACUUCUUUCUCAACAUUACCUAGCAGGCUAGGGGAUGCUGGGAUUUGUCCAAACACAGAUGGAGAGCCAUCUUGUAAUACAUCAGUGUCUUUCUCUCUCAAUAGAUCACUAUGCAUUCAUGGUCCAACACUCUUGGAGCACUCAUAAAACUCAUUGAGGUAUCAGUUUUGCACAGACACUUUACCAGGAAUAGUGGAAACACAUUUAUAACCCAUAAACAACCAAGGAAGAAUGUUGUGAAUGGAGUGAGGUAGCCCUUUGGACACCAUGUUGGCCUGAAGAUGGUUGGACAUGGCUUGCUUCGUAUUGUAUUAUGAUUAUUCAUUUGUCUUUCAUCAGUCUAGUCUGUAGGUGUUGUUAUGGAAGUCAAGCUAUUUUUACAGAAACAUGACCUAUAUCAUUGAAAGUAUAUGACAUGGCAGCUUAUCACUGUCCAAAUUGAUGGAGCAACCUCUCCCAAAUUUUGUUGGGGGAAAAAAAAGGGAAUAGCUGAAACAAUUAGUAUUUCUGCACAUGGAGAAUGGAGUACACAAGGCAUUUGGUUAUGUGAGUUCUGUUUCAACAAGUUGUUUUUGACAAUUUCCCUACGGGUUUUGGCAUGCAGAUGCAUUUGGUCUCUGAUUAUGGCAUUAAAUGUAAAUCGACAAAACAAAUUAAUAUAAACAUUACUCAGAGUCCUUUUUACGAGUUACAUUCAUUAUUUUUUUUCUACUUUUCAAGAAAUUAGUCCUUUAGUUUUUUCUGCUAAUCUCUUGGAAACUAGUGGGGGAAAUUGCAAUGUAAAAGAUUUAAAUCGCAAAAGUGAAAUUUUACAUUAAUUUGUGUUGUGGGAUUACAUUGGAUUCCAUAAUAACAGACCAAACGCCUGUAUGUGCAAAAUGCAGUAGGAACAUUGCCACAAGCUACUUGUUAAAACACAACUCACGUAACUAAAUCGCUUGUGUAUUUCAUGGUAUAUAACACACACACACAUAAAGAUGCAGCAGUUUUUUAGUGGGAGCUGAUAUAAAGUUUGUACAGAAUGAAAAGAUACUAGCUAUUUCUAUUCUGAAAUAUACAAAAGUCUAUGACAUCGGCUCAUCCAUAAUCAACAAAAUGGGCAAAUAUCUGAAUUAAAAAAAAAAGGAAUUGAAUAUUGGUGAUUUUUCCUAACAUUCCUUAUUCCCAAAACUACAGUGGGUAGGGAUUACCACUGUAACACCUGCUAGAAAUGGUCACUUCCCGGAGAAUCCUUAUUGUUAUUGGGACAACCCCCUAACUCGCCAUCUGGCAUUUUAUAUAUAUAUAUAUAUAUAUAUAUAUAUAUAUAUAUAUAUAUAUAUAUAUAUAUAUAUAUAUAUAUAUAUAUAUGUAUAUGUAUAUAUGUAUGUAUGUAUAUAACUAUGUAUAUUGGUCUGUGUCCAAUCACAAGCAGUUUUAUUUAUGUUGGAUUUGUAGAAUCUGAACUGUGCAAUAUGUUGAGAAAAAAAAGAUAUAUAUUUUUGUUGUUAUUUUUGUUUAAUAAAUUAAAUGAAGCACUUAA